GAAGCAACCCGACGGUGUUCUCAUUCUUGCGCUGUGCCAGGGCAGGUCGCUGCCGCUGCGGCUGAAGUGCAAAGCUUGCGUGGACGGUUGGAUGAUCGCAUUGUGGGGCACAGUGACGCGAAAGAAGCCCUGGUGCUUGCGCUCCUGGCCCGCGAACAUGUGCUGAUGGUGGGACCGCCUGGGGUUGCCAAAUCGCUGUUGGCCGAAGAAGUAGCGGCGGCAACGGGAGACAGACCUUUCGUGUUGCAGCUGCAUCGAGACACGCGAGCGGAGGACUUGACAACACGUGGUGGUGUUGUGAAGAAGGAGACUCUGCAGGGAGGCCGUGGUGAAGCAGUCAGUUAUGUUGCGGAAGCCGGAGGGGUUCUGACCGCCGAUGUAUGUGUGCUGGAUGACGUCACGAGGGCGCCAGGAGAGGUCCUUUCGUCCUUAUUCCGAGCCCUGACGCACCCGCCACAGGCACCUCCUGGCGACCCUGCGCGAGGUCUGCGCACGGCCAUUGCAACUGCCAUGGAUUGGAGCGAUUCCAGCGGAGGAGUGCCCUCUGCACAUGCCGAUCCCCUAGACCCUGCACUCCUGGAUCGCUUCGCCGUGCAGCUGCGGCUGGAUGGCGCGCUCCUCGGCAAGCAGUGGAAGGAGGCUGGCCAGAUCAUGGGUCUGGAGGCCAGUGAACAGCGGAAGCGGAUGCUUCUUCCGGCUUUGCAAGAAGGCAGCCUGGACCUGAAUUCUAUCGCAGUGCCACCUCAGAUGCGGCGCUUGCUUCUGCGUCUGGUGCAGACCCUCGUGGCCGAGUGUCGCAGGUCGGGGCACCGCCAAUUCGAGUUGUCCGAUCGGACCUUUCUGGUCAAAGCCCUCCGAGUGCUCCGGGCAAGUGCCCUGGCGCGGGGAAAAGCUGCUUGUGAGCCACGGGACCUCUUCGCCCUCCGGUUUCUCACCACUUUCCGGCUUCCGCCGGAAGUGCAUGCACGCAUCGAGAAGAUCAUCGAGGGCGUCAUCGAGGCGAGCUGGGAGGAACGCCCUGGCAAGGGAGACUGGGCCGUGCCAGGGUCGCUUGAUGGCGAUGGGGAGGAGGUGGUGCUCGCCGUCCUCUCCGCGACGGUCUUCAAAGCGAAGACGGCGUGCAGGAUGGGGAUGGGAAGGACGACGAGGGCGGUGGCGCUGGCGAUGCCGCGAGUAGUCACGCUGAGAAUGGACAGCCAGGGCGUACGCAGGAAGGUGCCGAGGCUGAGCCGGCGGAGGUCAGCGCCAUGUCCGACGACUCGGGCACACAGGAGUCUGGCCUGCACGACGACUCUGCAGACACCGGUGUGGACACGUCGGGUCGCCAAGCGUCUGCCGGCAACAGUGGCGAAAGCGGGUCAGUCAGCGGCGUGCUAG